AUGUUUUGCAAAUCGAUUGUGGGUUUGGUCACUAGCGUAUUGCUACUCGCAGUUUCUGUAUCUGCAUCAAAGAGCAACUACGCUCCCGUGGCCAUCACGUUGCCUUCCUUCACCAAAGAAUGCCUGUAUUAUGAUUUGACCUCCAAUGACGACUCCAUUGUGGUUAGUUACCAAGUCUUGACCGGUGGUAACUUUGAAAUCGAUUUCGAAAUAACCGCACCUGACGGAUCUGUGAUUGCAUCUGAAAAGCAAAAGAAAUACUCCGAUUUUCUACUAAAGUCAUUUGGUCUGGGCCAAUAUUCAUUCUGUUUCUCAAACUCGUACGGUACUGCUCUCAAGAAAGUGGAAGUGACAUUGGAGCUGGAAAAGACCAACAUCGAAACCAACGACAAACCAGAAGACGCAAUUGCCAACCAUGCCAUUGAGGAGAUUGACAGAAACCUCAACAAGAUCACCAAGAUGAUGAACUACCUAAGAGCCAGAGAAUGGAGAAAUAUGUCCACAGUAAAAUCCACCGAGAGUAGGCUUGUGUGGCUGUCCAUGUUGACUAUGGGUGUAAUGGUUGGCAUUAGCUUAAUUCAAUCGGUCAUUGUCCAAUUCCUUUUCAAAGACCGUCAAAGAAACUACGUAUAA